AUGACUGGAGGCGGCAAGUCCGGCGGCAAGGCCAGCGGUUCUAAGAACGCGCAAUCCCGUUCCUCCAAGGCCGGUCUCGCUUUCCCCGUUGGUCGUGUUCACCGUCUGCUCCGCAAGGGCAACUACGCUCAGCGUGUUGGUGCCGGUGCUCCCGUCUACCUCGCCGCCGUUCUCGAGUACCUUGCCGCUGAGAUUCUCGAGCUUGCUGGCAAUGCUGCCCGCGACAACAAGAAGACCCGUAUCAUCCCCCGUCAUCUCCAGCUCGCUAUCCGCAACGAUGAGGAGCUGAACAAGCUUCUGGGUCACGUUACGAUUGCCCAGGGUGGUGUUCUGCCCAACAUUCACCAGAACCUGCUGCCCAAGAAGACCGGAAAGAGUGGCAAGAACCAGAGCCAAGAGUUGUAA